UCGCCAUACCUUUAUAUGGACAUCAUGCUAUUGGGCUUAUAUACUUGUUUAUCUUAUUUCUAGUACACCACUAUUUCUAGUUUUUUGAUGUAUCUAGCUUAACGGAAUGGAUGUAACGGUUACUCCCUUGCCCAUUUAACGCUCUACAGAUCUAGGUCUGAAGUUUGAAUUCUAAAAAAGCAAAAUAUCAAGGACAUUGAUUGUCCAAAAUGUCACCACGCAUUGAUGAUGUGAUGAAGCUGUGCUGUGAACUGUCUGCAAAUCAACAAAUAAAGACUACAGUGAAGCAUUCUGGGAAGGGGGCAUUAACGGCCGGAGGACUUGCUUUUGCAGGAGGAUUAGUAGGGGGACCGUUGGGUAUUGCUGUAGGUGGGGCUGUUGGAGGACUUCUGGGAUGCUGGAUGACAAGUGGUCAGUUUAAACCACUGCCUCAGGUUAUCAUGGAAAUGACAACAGAACAACAGCAACACCUCUAUGAGGAGAUCAUGGUCAUCUUGGGUUCAAUAAAUUGGACUGAUGCAGUUCAAAUAACUGCCAUAGUAAUGGGGGAUGCAUCACUACAGAAGCAGGUGACUGCUGCUUUACUGAACUAUGUUCAUAGAGAGCUUCAAGCUGAGGUACAUUAUGUGGAUUGACAUCAGAAUUUAAAAAAAACGUAUCGAGACUAUUUUACAGAGAUGUAUAAGAAUUGUUAUUCAGAACUGUUUAAGGUCAAAUAAGCCUAGGGAAAAUGCUGCAUUUCUAGUCUGGACCGAUAAAGGAAUGGAUCACAGGAACAGAGAAUUGAUCUGUUUCUAUUUAAAAUGCUCUGUACUAGCCAUUCUGAGAAUAUGAGGAAUGCCUGUGGAUUAUAAUACUGAUUGUGAGGAUAAAUAAAAUGAAUUACUGGAUAUUUGAAAGAUAAAUGUAUUUUGUUAGGUGUUUUUAAAGCCUCUAAACUGAUCUCAACAUGAGUUCACCUGUGACAUUAUGUGGAUUAAACAGUUUUACUGUGAAAUUAACCAAAGUGAUAUCAG